AUGGAAAUAAGUACUCGCAAUUGUAAUAACGAUUUUGAAGAGGGAAAGAAAUCUCUAAAGGGCUGGAUAAAGACCGGAGAUGCUUUUAACAACCAACCAACCUAUGGUGAUAAUCCACUAGCAAGAAAUAAAAAAACAAUGGUCAAUCAAAAUGGCGACUAUUGGCUGGGAACCUAUGAAGAUAGACCUAAUCCAGACUACCCCCCUGGGGGAGUUCAAAGGGAUACACCAACAGGCACACUGACAUCACCGGAGUUCACGAUUAAUGGCUCUGACAUCAAUUUCCUGAUUGGAGGAGGAUGCGAUGAAUCAAAAGUUCGAGUUGAACUUUUGAUUGACGGAUCACGUGUCAAGAGCGCGACAGGAAAGUGUCACGAAAGUAUGGAGCGAGUUCAUUGGCCAGUUGGACAAUACAUAGGAAGAAAGGGACGAAUAAGACUUAUUGAUAACUAUAGAGGACCAUGGGGACAUUUGAAUUUUGACGACUUCCGUGGAGAUUUUACAUGUYGAAAGGUGAAGAAGCCUGAACCUAUGUCUUCAUUUCUGAAUCGAAUSAAGGAAAAGCUACGACCCUCGAUGUCAACACAACUGAAGCCUUUCAUAUCGGAAUUAGACAACUUGGAGGCUGAAUUCAAGGCUUUCGACUCUAAAACCACCCAUGGUUUGAAACACAYGCCAACAGAAAGCCGAAAAGAUUCGCCAUCAUCAAAACAUUCAGCGUCGAAAGGGCAACUAUCUUCUUCAGGUACRCCAUUAAACCCUGAAGAAAACCUGUCAGCAUUUACAACCCCAAGUGCAACAUCUGAUACUACAAAUAAAGUAAGAGAUGGCUCUACUCAAGCAGGAUCAACAAUAACGGUUCCAUCAAUAAAAACAGCAAAGUAUUCCGUAGCUCCUACGAGCUCCGGUCAAAUAGUACAAAAACACACUACCCAAUCUCCACAAAGCUCUGGAACUAUUGCUAUGGGAGCUYAGUCUUGGUUUACUCCUUCUGCAACUGAGAUGCACAAAGUUCCAUCAAUAAAAACAGCAAAGAGCUCCGGUCAAAUAGUACAAAAACACACUACCCAAUCUCCACAAAGCUCUGGAACUAUUGCUAUGGGAGCUAAGUCUUGGUUUACUCCUUCUGCAACUGAGAUGCACGAAGGUGUAUCCAUCAUUNCAGGAACAACAAAAACCUUCAAAGACAAAGAGACGACCACAAAUCAAUACYCUGACGCAUCAACGACAAGAAAAUCCAUGAAUAGUCCGUCAUCUCAUCCAACAAUUGGUGUUAAAGCCUCUACAUCGAAUGCUUCCACUAAAAAUAAAGAAACGUCUAUAACUGGCCCGACUUCGAAGUUCUCGCCAAAAUAUAGUCACGAUCUUAGCAAAACUACACCCUCUGUUUCUGGAUACAGUGUUAAGAUCGGUUUUGAUUCGACAACUAGCGCUAAAGCACCUACAGGAAGUGUUUCAACAAAAACAAAUGAACGUUCUACAGCCUCAACAACAUCGAAAACCACAUCGAGUUAUAUUUCAUCUACAGGAAGCUUGAAGACAUCAACUGUUGCAGCCAAUGGUAAAACAGCCCCAACUGRUACUCCAACACAAAGCUUUUCUGUUUCUGUACUUGACGAGGAUUUGCCAAAUGARACAUUUAGCAUUAAGUUCAAUCCAAGCAAAGCCUCAAUUACGUUGCAAUCAACAGAAGACAGGUUAUCUACAGAUGCAAAGUCGAAAUCAGAUAAGAAAAUCCAUUCGAAUUCGAGAUUUCGAACUAAAGGGUACGCCCCAACAAGAACAAGAACCUCGRCAAAGCCAUUAACUUCAACAAACUUGCUUGAUAACCAGACGUCUGUAAAUUAUGAUACACAKAAACAUCCAACUACACAUUCAACGACAUCUUCUCAUGCAGAAGACGGAAAAGUGACGUCUGCAUCGAGUACGCUUUCUUCAAAAUCUAGUCCAACAAAAUCAUCUACAGGUAAUAGUCGUCCAACGGAAGAAGAAUCGUCAAACUCCGACAGUGAUGACGUAACAAUUCAAAUUUCCCAUGACCCCAGUGACAACAGGAAAAAAUUUAAAGUUGUUKAAUCAAAUAAAGCUAGCUACUAUCCAUCUAAAUCGACUUUAGCAUCAAAGACAUCUGUUACCAAAGCUAAUUUUCCAACAUUAAAGGCAAAAACUAGCUCUAAUAAUUCGAGCUCAACAGUGAAAAAAUUAAAUGAGAAGGAUAGCGUAUUSUCUUCUAGAAAGAGGAAACUUUUAAAACAUUAUAAUGGAACUGCUUUAACCGCUGCUCACACAACAACUAAGAGCUCUAUAAUACCAAAACAAGAAGAGUUCACUAAAYGKGAUUUAAAAAAAUUCAAAGUUAAAAAGCCUUCUGGGAAUUCAUCAGGAGAUGCCUCUGAAGAACUCAUAGAAGAUAUUGUUGACAUGUUGUUUACUAAUYCAACAGACAAUYAUUUGGACAAAAGCAAAAUGGAAAAGAACWCGAGUGAACACWCUAAAGAGCGCGUGACUUURAARAAAAAAGGUAAGCACAGAGAAAUACCUUAUUGCAGUUUGAUAUAA